AUGAUAGGCACUGCUACCACUCCCAGCUGGCUUGAACGCCUGGAGGACCAAGUUAAUGUGGAUGUUGAUUGGAUGGAUCCCGUCUUCAUCCAGAACCUUCCUAUUACUCCCCAUGAUAUGACCAGCAACCAGAUCCAUGUCCAUGCGCAAUUAGAGAACCCCAUCAAUAAGGAGUUGAUUGCAGAGGUUGCUCGUGAAUACAAGGGUCGUGGCUGGCUGGCCAUCUACACUCGCAUUGCCGUUCUGCUGUGCAAGAAAUCAAUCUAUUACAUUUCAGGCCGCGUCCUGUUGCAGGUCUCCCCUUCCGAGGCAUACAAUGGCGAGAAGGUUCUUGAGCAUGCCCGGCUAUAUGCCAAGGAGUUCGAGUCCGUGGGCAUCUCCAAAGACCGUUUCUGCAUCAAGAUCCCCAGCACGGGUCCUGCUCUGAGCGUUUGCCCAACAUUGCAAGCUGAAGGCAUUCAAACACUGGGAACUGCUUGCUUCUCGCUCGCCCAGGCCAUUGCGGCCAGUCAGGCUGGCUGCUUGUUCAUCAGCCCAUAUUUCAAUGAGAUCCGCGCGAACCUUGAUCUUAGUCUCUGGCCCAACGUGGAAGAUCCCGCCUCGCAGCACCCCUUUUCAGCCCGUCUUGUUCAAAUGUUGGAGACAUACCGUCGCCUACAUAAAGAAACCGGCAAGAAGCAACCGCUGAUCAAGAAUGCCAACUUCAUCAAUGCCAAGGAAGCUCUCGCCCAGGGUGAGAUCGGGGUCGACUCUGCCACCAUCUCGAAGGAAGUCUUGGAAGAGCUCGUCAAGCUACCCUACGAUGGCACCUGGCAGCCUGGGGAGGGUGGCGUCCCCAAGCCUCAGUACCCCGGUCACCAGAACACCGUGGCGACUCCCAAGCGCCUGCAAUAUCUGGCCAGCAUCGAUCCGCUCGUCGCCUCUUGGGACGGCAAGAUUGCCAGCACAGACGUCGACUACCUGGCGAAUAACGGUGCGGCCGUGCAGGAUGCCAUUAAGGCCGAUCCUAUUGCCACCACGCGCUUGGCGGACGCUCUUCAGCUAUUUACGAAAGUGGAAACCGAGAGUAAGGCCUUGAUCGAGAAGGCUAUUUUGGAAGUUUAA